UUGAACCAGUCUGCUGGUUGUUGUCUGGAUCCGGUUUUACAGAAACUUUGAGUUGGUGUCGGUAAGAUCACCCCGCAGCUUCCACCUACGAGGAUCUGUCCACGUUGCUAUGAAUAACGAGUUAAAAAAAAGCAUUCCUAAAAGCAUUGAACUUAUUUAGUACUUGGUUGGUUGCUUUGUUUGCUGUUCGGUCUGUGGCGUUUCGCCUUGAGCUGAUGGGUCAUACACAGUGCAAAAGGCCAAUUCUGUCUAAGGUCCAGUAAGCCAAUUCUCAGAAAGCAAGAUGGCGUCCGAAGGACCAUUGAAGUUGAAGCGUGAGCUCGGUCUGGUGCGUGGAGUCGCCCUCAUCGUCGGGGCAAUGAUAGGCUCUGGCAUAUUCAUCUCCCCAAAAGGGGUUCUAAUCGGAGCCGAGAGCGUUGGGAUGAGUCUAGUCUUAUGGGUUGUCUGCGCAGUCAUAACGUCAUUGGGUGCACUUUGUUUUGCCGAGCUCGGCACACUCGUCCCCAAAUCCGGGGGGAACUACACCUAUGUUCUAAUGGCCUUUGGUGAUUUGGCUGGGUUCAUGGUCGUGUGGGCCUUUGCGGUGAUCAUAAAACCAUGCGGAAUCGCUCUCUCGACGUUAACUCUCUCGACCUACGUCAUUGAUUACAUCAUCCCUGGGGACUGCGCACCACCCAUGGCAGCCGUGCAGUUAUUUGCCAUUGUGACAAUCAUGCUGAUUGUGUUCAUUAACUGCAUGAGUGUCAAGAUCGCCAGUGGCUUGCCAAUAUUCUUCUCAAGUGGAAAGGUCAUGGCACUCGUCAUCAUCAUAGUCGCCGGGCUCGUCCAAUUAUGCAAAGGACUAGGUGCGACUAGUCUGAACCCGAGUGUGGCUUUCGAGGGUACUUCAACUGAUAUUGGAAGCUACAGCUUUGCGCUCUACAAUGGUCUCUGGGCCUAUGCUGGUUGGGAAAUUCUUAAUACCGUGACGGAAGAGGCAAAGAACCCACAACGAAAUAUUCCCCUGGCUAUAUGCAUUGCUGUGCCUUCAGUCACCGUCAUAUAUCUUCUUACCAACAUCGCUUACUUUGCCGUCCUCUCCCCCACAGAGCUUCUAGCGUCCAGUGCAGUGGCAGUUACAGUUGCCGAACGUACGUUGGGCCCGAUGGCAUGGCUGAUUCCACUCGGCGUUUGUAUAUCCACUUCAGGCAACUGCAUUGGUAGUCUGUUGGCCAACCCAAGAAUCACAUUCGCUGCCGGAAGAGAAGGUCACAUGAUCAAGGUCAUGUCAAUGGUCACCGUUAAGAGGUUGACCCCACUUCCGGCGAUUGUAUUGCAGGGAACAAUUGGGAUAAUCCUCAUCUCAUUUGGAGACUUCGAUUCUAUCAUCAGAUACUCUGGAUUUGUCAAGAAUAUUUUCCAAGCAGCCACAUUCGUUGCACUGAUGGUUUUGCGCUGGAAGCUCCCGGACCAACCCCGAGCGUUCAAGGUGAACAUCCUGGUACCCAUCUUAGCCACGAUGAGUGCGUUGUUCUUGGUGUUGGUUCCCCUCAUCUUCCAGCCUACCCUUGAGUAUCUCUACGCAAUCGUGCUACUGGUAUUAGGACUCAUUGUUUACUUUGUGUUCGUCCGGGGCAAACGACAACUCCCCUUUAUGGAUGGAUUUACCCUGAUCUGCCAGAAGUUAUUCCUCGUAAGUCCAUCAGUUUACACAGCGGAUGAAACAGAUUAACAAAUUUGAAUUCGAGUUGUUUUGAUGCAACGGCGGGUUGCGGAGAACUUUUGAACAAAAAUAAUCCCUGGGUCAGGGUAACCUGAAAAUAAUAAUUAUGUCAAACAAAAUGACCCCUGAUUCUGCGUAAAUUGUACCCAUUUCUUGAUAAUGUUGACACAUUUGCAGGUCAUACCCCAGAAAUGGGUCAGCCCUCCAUUGACCCGGAUAAAUAUGAGUUCAAUUAUGGCCAGGGAGCUUGUGCAUCUUUCUAAGCAAAAAUAUUGGUUCUAUUAAUCUUAUUUCGUUGUGAAAUCGAGCUCAGGUUCCAAAUUAAUCAAUGGAGUUAUCGGCUAUUAUUUUCACUAUCGUAGUAGAGUUCUAAAAAAAAAAA